AUGUUCCGGGACCGUGUUGGGCGUGGAAUUAAGAAUCACGCCGCCAAUGCUGCGCCCUUUCUGCUGCUUGCGGGGUUACUUCUCAUUGCCGCCCUUCCAGCCUUAAAACCGAGGCAGAACUUCAUUGACGAAAGCGCCGUCAACGUUGGGAGAAUUCCCGUCUUGAUUACAAGCUCCGACGUGGCGCAUCGCGACGCCACGAUUCAUCAGUAUCACCGCAUUGUUCACGGCCGUCGUUCUGUGGGGUCGGAGACUAUUGCCGUUUACGUCAAUGCUGCGGAGAAGUCGUCAGUGAUACUGGUAAACUUUCUGAUCCGCGCUCUACAGCGGAAAGAGAAUAUGGCCUGUGAUACACACGUUUAUUUUGUUAAUGAAAGUGCGUCACGUUGGCCUAUCCCUGACUCCUUUGUUCGUGCAGCUUUGUUUAUCAAUGUCUCCUCCUUAAAUACGCAUAACUUGUGCUUUGGUGUGUAUGGCAGGAAUGGAAUGCAACCCAAUCAGGACCUCUUGAACUUGGCGGUCUCAAUAGCCCAAGACUGGCUUUUUCAUGUGGAUGUUCUCUGUCAGAACCCGUACAUUGCGUAUUCCGCGACGCGUUCAAAGUAUGAACAUUAUUUUGACGCACUACAAACAGCUUUGGUCGCUCCCCAGCGACCUCAACCAUGGUAUUCGUUUAGGUCACACGGAAUCAGUUUGUUGGCUAUUGGAACGGACGAAUCUAACGGGUUAUAUGACGCCUCAGUGGCAUACCGCGUUGCUGCGCUACAUGAGCAACUCAUUGGGACCCUGAGCUAUCUGGAUGAGCGCUUCCAUCACUCUACGUCUGUGUGGGUGCCCCUGAGUGUUACGGAGUAUGUGGAGUAUGAUAUUGCACAAUUUGGUAUUAUUUUACUCGUGGCAUCACUGCUCUCAGUGGGGUAUUCCAUUUAUGAGGUGGAAGGUCUUUCUUUCUCUCCAGGUGUUAUGUUGAUUUUGGUGGCACCUUUCCUUGAUUCAGUUGCAGCCAGGUGGUUUGGAGUUGGGGGAAUGUGCUUGUGUAGCGGGUUGCUGAUGAUUGCAUGGAGCGCGUGUGCGUGGGACUUGUCGUGGUUGACGGUAAACGCCGUCAUGUUGUGUCUGCUCAUAAUUCUUCAGCCUGCGGCGGGUCUUUUUGUCGGUUCCGGAGUCGCUGUACAGCUUGCUUUUCUCCACGUAAAAUGUCGGAAGCUCCUUACUUUAUUGCUAGGUGCGCUUUCAUCAUGGGCCGUAUUCUACCUCUUUGUGGGGAUGCUGAACAUCCAGUAUGACGACAAGGGUACAAUAGGGGGCAUUUAUAUCUCCUUUUUCGUUUACCCGAACGCACUAUGGGUCUCUAGCCGCUUGAUUAGAUUCGUUUUGCCACUAUUGCGGUCUCAAUCGAUGUCGGCAUAG